AUGGUCUCAUGCAAUUCAGAUCACCUACGUAAGCAAGACCUAUCAUCAUUGGAUAUAACUAAGCUCACGCCAUUGUCAAUCGAUGUAAUAAGCAGACAGGCUACAAUCAAUAUAGGUACAAUCGGACAUGUGGCACAUGGCAAAUCUACAGUUGUUCAUGCAAUUUCCGGCGUUCAUACUGUGCGUUUUAAGCAUGAAAAGGAACGCAACAUUACAAUCAAAUUAGGUUAUGCAAAUGCUAAGAUUUUCAAAUGUACUAACCCUGAAUGCCCGGCCCCUGGAUGUUAUACUUCGUUCGGGAGUAACAAGGAAGACGAUCCACCCUGUCCUAGGCCAGGGUGCGGUGCAAAAAUGGAGUUGAAACGGCAUGUUUCAUUUGUAGAUUGCCCUGGGCAUGACAUUUUAAUGGCUACGAUGUUAAACGGGGCGGCUGUUAUGGAUGCAGCGCUUCUGUUAAUAGCAGGAAAUGAACCCUGUCCACAGCCGCAAACAUCUGAGCACUUGGCAGCAGUUGAAAUUAUGAGACUUAAGCAUAUUUUAAUAUUGCAAAAUAAGACGGAAUUGAUCAAAGAAGUACAGGCCUUUCAACAGCAACAGGAGAUCCGUCAAUUUGUUUCAGGCACUUCAGCUGACGGGGCCCCGAUCAUUCCAAUUAGUGCAGUGUUAAAGUACAAUAUAGAUGUGGUGUGCGAGUAUUUGGUGACUCAAAUCGCAGUGCCUAAAAGGGACUUCAUUUCCUCGCCACAAAUGAUUGUAAUUCGCUCAUUCGAUGUCAAUAAACCUGGAGAGGAAAUUAAGAAUUUGCAAGGUGGAGUAGCGGGGGGAAGUAUAUUAAAAGGUGUUUUACGCGUGGGAGAUGAAAUUGAAAUUAGGCCUGGGAUCAUUUCUAAAGACCCCAAUGGGACCAUACAAUGUAGGCCCAUCAUUUCCCGUAUCGUUUCCCUGUUUGCUGAACAAAAUGACCUACAAUUUGCAGUACCUGGGGGACUAAUUGGCGUUGGCACCAAUAUAGACCCAACCUUAACCCGAGCUGAUAGGCUUGUUGGCCAGGUCGUAGGUUAUAAAGGAUUAUUACCAGAAUGUUUCGUGGAGAUUGAAGUUUCAUAUUACUUGCUAAGACGCUUGUUAGGAAUAAGGGCACAGGACGGGGACAAGAAUACCAAGGUGGCAAAGUUGAGAAAGGGGGAGUUCCUAAUGGUUAACAUCGGGUCCACUUCCGUGGGUGGGAGAGUUACUGGUGUCAAACCUGAUAUGGCAAAACUCGAACUAACAGGGCCAGUUUGUACAAAGAUAGGUGACAAAGUUGCUUUGAGUAGGCGUGUCGAUAAGCACUGGAGAUUAAUCGGCUGGGGACAGAUAAACAAGGGCAAGGCACUGGUCAUCCAAGAGCCAUUAUAG